AUGGCUGGACCAGGCGGUGGCCCCUCAAGGCGCAGUCACACCAAGUCCCGAAAGGGCUGCAAGACUUGCAAGAGGAGACAUAUUCGCUGUGAUGAGACCUUCCCGCAAUGUCGCAAUUGCACCAAGCACCAGGUUCGGUGCGAUUACAUGGACAGCCCCACUGCCAUGAUGCCAGAAUCUCCGCAAGCUCCCCAGCAGCCCAACCUUCUCUGGACCCCAGAGAUCGAGGCUACUAUUGAAUUGUGGAGCCAGACUGGAGAGUUUCCUUUCCCCGAACUUCGAAUCUAUUCUCAGCCCCAAUGGCGAGCAUAUGCAAAGACCGACCUCCGCUUGAUCCACCACCUUUCCUCCAUCACCAACGAGAUGUUCAGGAAUAGCACCUCCAAGAUGACGCUCUGGGCUGACAUGAUGCCUAAAUUCUUGAGCAUUGCAGCUUCACACCCUUUCGUCAUGCACUCCAUCCUCGCUUUCUCCGCCUCCCACCUAGCUUGGAUCUCACAGUCGACCGAAACACGAAAUCUUGCUUUCCAUCAUGCAAGCAUUGCACUGAAGGGUCUGCACGACGGCAUUUCCAGCUUCACUAAGAUGAACUCAGAUGCAGUACUGGCUUCGUCUCUCCUGCUAGCCUGGCAGGCUACUGACUGGAGAGGUUGGGCUUCACUAGUCACUGGUACGAAGACUGUGAUCCAGUCUAUGCAACCCUGGAGGCACGAGUCUCUGUUUGCGGAUUACAUCGCAGAGCACAGCCCAAUGCCUAACAGACACUUCAUGGACCCGGUCAGUACGCCAGUGUCCCAAGAAGCGCGCACUCAGCAAUUAAAUACCCUCACGGAUAUCCAUAACUCAUUGCAACGUAUGCAACCGUAUCUCAGCCGCAACGAUCAGGAAACGAAAUGGGUUGAUCAGCUGAAGGGCUACCUCGAUCGUCUACGAGCAUCCAACCAAGCGCAGACGCCUGAGGAGCAGUUCAAUCAGCUUUACGCGCUCCGCAAGUGGCUUUUCUGGGUGCCAAUCUCCCUUCUUUCUGCUAAGCGCGGAGACGUCAACGUUCUGUGCGUUCUUGCUCAUUUCUACGCAACUGCCUUGGCAUUGGAACCCAUGUUUCCUGAUGUUGCUUCAGUCUUUGUCUCCGAUCUCUCUCUGCUUCCGUUGGAGGAGAUUGUCACCGUUGUCCAGGGGUAUCAGGAUCCAAGGUACGAUUCGAGGAUUCAGACUAUGUCAUAUUUGGUACAAUAUCCCAUCGAUAUGGUUUCGUCAUAUAAAACCAGGAGAGAAUGGACGCGACAACACAAGACUGCCGUCUCUCCCGUGCAGCAACCGUCCUACGCUUUAGAAUCGAUCAACCUAGAUCUCGAGAACCAGAUCGCACAAUACAGUUAUGGUCAAGCCCAUAGCCUUAGCCCAGCUUUCGCCCCUUCACCUUUAGGAUUCUUGCCGCCUGGGAUGUCUUCUACGCCAACUUCCCCGUUCCUCGACGUUCCACGAACAUCGGCAGAUGCCUAUGGCUCAAGCACCUACGCUACAAGUAGCUAUGCCCCGAGCAGUUACGCGACGAGCAAUUACGCGUCUCCAUUGGGCUCACCCGCCAAUGUACUAUUACCGCCAUAUGCGGCACCUUCAGAGCAUACAUAUAAUUAUGGAAUGUCUGGAUAUACCAGCGGGUUCGUGGCUACACCUAUCUGGACGUAA